AUGCACCUGGAGACCUUCGGUGGGCUUAGUGAGAGGCAAUAUGGAUUUCGCAAGGGGAGGUCAACGAUAGAUGCCAUAAAUCACGUCAUGGAUGUGAUCGACAGUAAAGGAUCGGGGCCGCUCUACCGCAGGGAGCUAGGCGCGCUGGUGACGCUGGACGUGGCAAAUGCGUUCAAUACAGCAAGAUGGUGCAAUAUUAGCGAAGGGCUAAUACGGAAGAAGGUCCCUGAAUAUCUGCUGACAAUAAUCAGGAGCUAUAUGAGCGAUAGGUCACUGGUAUUCGGGGAGGACCAGCACAGGAGCAUUAACCGUGGCGUUUCCCAAGGGUCAGUGAUCGGGCCCCUGCUGUGGAACGUAAUGUACGACGAUCUCCUUCGCAUCGACUUGGGUGACAAUAUCCCUGGGCACUCCUCGGCCGAGCUAGUUGCCUUCGCGGACGACGUGGCAGUAGUGGUAUCGGGACACAACACCGAGCUACUCGAGAUAGCGGCAAACCGGGCUCUGGAGGCAGUUUCGUCGUGGAUGAAGAGAACCGGUCUAACGCUAGCGGCCCACAAGACGGAGGCCGUUGUGCUUACGACGAAAAGAGGGUACCAGAAACCGACAUUUAUGGUAGACGGAGUCCCUGUGGUACCGAAAGAAAAGCUAAGAUAUCUAGGCGUGGAGAUGUGCCGCAGACUUGGCUACCGAGAACACCUCCUGACGGUUGCAGCAAAGGCCGGCAACACGGCCAAUGCACUCGGUAGGAUACUACCAAACGUUGGAGGCGCGAGGUCAGAAAUAAGAAAACUCCUGGCGGUAGUGGUCACAAACCAGCUGCUAUACGCAGCCCCCAUAUGGGCAGGCGCUUUGAUCCACAGCANCAACGUGAAGGCAAUCGAGGCGCCGCAGAGAAAGAUUGCACUGAGGAUAUGCAUGGCGUACAGGAUGGUCUCCACAGAAGCCGCGCUGGUGGUGGCCGGCCUGAUCCCCGCCCACCUGGCAGUCAUGGAGAGCCAGAAAAGGUAUAACGCGGGCAAGAUCCAACAGGCAGUAGACAAGCACGCGUAUCGUGGAGUCACCAUUGCCAACUGGCAAGCCGAGUGGCGCAACGCCACAAAAGGUAGGUGGACAUGUAGGCUGAUCGGGGACGUAGAGAAGUGGAUCAGACGGAAACACGGAGAAGUAAAUUACCACCUCACGCAAAUGCUACCCGGGCACGGGUGCUUCGGUCACUACCUCCACAGGUUCAAAAAGCGCGGAAGCCCCGCAUGUGUGGACUGUGGCAGCGAGGUAAACGACGUAGAACACACAAUUUUCAGGUGCGACAGAUGGUGGCGUUACAGGAGAGCCCUGGAGGUAACUCUAGGGUGCAACAUGGAGCCAGAAUCAGUAAUCGACAGGAUGAUCGAAGACAAGUGCAAGUGA